CCCAACCCUCAAUAACUACCGUGGAAUCGCCCACACCGCAACCAACAGCACACCACGACCACCCACCCUCAACAAGUACUCUACCACCAUCAACAACAAUGAAUCCUCCGCCCAGAAAACGUGCCAUCGCCGCAGUUGCUACGAGCACCCUCAUCGCAGCUAAUCAACAAUGCACCGGCACUACUUGUUACCAUUUCUUUUGGGACACCGUGUACUCGACGCCAUUCUAAUCACAGACAACACUGACUCUGUCGAUGGUACAGGAGACACUCACUUGACAGUAACAUAACCUAAAAAUGUAGGUGAAAAAACAAAUAUUUGCUAUUUAUUGGCAAACAACUUUAAUUUAUAACGAAAUGGUUGUGAAAUGUCGCAUCUGUAACUUAAUUCUCAAACACAAACUUAAAGUAAUCAUCAUCUUCGUCUUCACACUCGCUUUUGUAAAUAUACUUCAGGUGUUCUUCUUCCAACUAUGCUGGGACAACACGAGCAAACGCGCCGACGAACUCGUCGACGUCGUCUACACGUGGGUCAACGGUUCGGACCCGAGAUUCCUGGCGAACCUGCGCGCGUUUCUACGAACCGACGUGUCGACGACGACGCAAGAUUACUCUAGUCAACGUUUCGACGACAAGUACGAGCUGAAAUUCUCGUUGCGCUCCCUCGAAAAGUACGCCCCUUGGGUCAAUCACGUUUACAUUGUCACGAACGGUCAGAUACCGUACUGGCUGAAUUUGGACUAUGAGAAGGUGACGGUGGUUAGUCACGAGGAGAUUUUCGCGGACGGCGACGAUUUGCCGUCGUUUUCUAGUCCCGCGAUCGAGUCUCACUUGCACAGAAUUCCCGGAUUGACGGAUCGUUUCGUGUACUUCAACGACGAUAUUUUCCUAGGCAAGACCGUGUACCUCGACGAUUUUGACAGUAGCUCGCGCGGAUUCGUCGUUUACUUGGCGUGGCCGUUGCCGAUGUGCUCGGUCGAUUGUCCGUGGGUGUAUGUCGGAGACGGGCAGUGCGACACGUCGUGCUACAACUCGAAUUGCCAAAUGGACGGCGGAGAUUGCGACGGUUAUCACGGGCAAAGCUUGUGGAAUGGCAGCCAUUAUUGGGAUAAGUCGGAGAUUAUCCGUUACCAAAGAAACUUUAGUGAUACUAAAUCAAACCAAAGAGCCCUAUACCAAAAUGUGUCGGUAUCUGGCCGGUUAGGACUGGUCUCGGUACCUACGCGAAUUAGUCGAUUAUUUAUGAGAAACGCGACGAAUGUCACCCGUCUCGUCGCCGAGCACAACAAGCAGGUGAUUUUACAGAACAAACUGACGCGUAGGAAACGCGAGCAAAGAGCCACCGCCAAACCUCAGAGCGCAGCGUUCGACGCCUACGGCGCAUCCCUUCAGCACACCAAUCGCGUCUUAAACCUCAAGUACGGGUUCCGAUCGCGAUACGCCCCCGCCCAUUCGCCGAUAAUGAUCGAUCGACGCAUAAUGGAGGGCUUACAGGCGACGUUUCCGAAGCAAUUUCUCAAGACCUCCCGGAAUCGUUUCCGUAGCGACGACGACAUGCAGUACGCGUUUAGCUACUACUACUAUGUGAUGAACGAGAAGCAGUAUGCCGACGUCGGGGAGAUCUUCGACAGAUUUGACACGGACGGGUCAGGAACGUGGUCCGACCGUGAGAUUCGCACUUUGCUGACGAAACUGUACGACUUGCCUCUGAGCUAUGGGACCGUCGACCACUUCGAAGAGUUGCUUUUGAACUGCUCGCGUCAGCUGGAGACGGUCGAGAUGCCGACGCCGGAGUUUGAGAGAUAUGUCGACUCCAAGCUUCCGACAGUUUCGCGCGAUUUAAUCAUCCAAUGUGGCGCCCUCUCCGAAGUACUGAAGGUGAAAUUCGGCACUCGUCGCAAGUACAAGUACGAGACGAUCAACAACGCGCAAAGUUCACGCGUCACCUUCAAGAUGCUCAAUUCGAAUAUAAGCGAGGUCGUCGGCCAUCUUGACGAGAUACGGCGCGGCACGAAAAAGUUUGUGUGCUUGAACGACAACAUGGACGAAACCAAGUACAGCGAAAACGAAUUGAUACGGGCCGUGCUGUACGAUUUCUAUUUGUCGCUCUUUCCGAAACCGAGCAGGUUUGAGUUGCCGAGCGAUUUUCGCAAUCGUUUCUUGUACUUGGACGAGUUGAGUCGGUGGAAGACGUACCAUUUUAAGCUGAAACUCUGUACUUACCUGUGUAUAGGCGUCCUGUGUUAUUUGACCUAUUGCAAUUUACUGAAAAGGCGAUUUUUGUACAGGCUGUUUAAUAAAUUAUUUUACUAAAAGGUUGCAGGCGAAAUGUGUUGGGUGUGUUCGAAAGGGUUUCCUGGUAGAAAGUUUCAAAUUAUAUCGGAUCAUAGAAGUUACUCAUGUUCUACUGGAGAACUUAUCGAGGAGCUGUUGAAAGAAUUUGGAAAUAAUCUUCACGUUUCGCUAAUGGCUUCCUUCCGCAUCGAUUAAUUGUGUUAAUAAGCGCGGAGAACGGCCUACUGAGAUUAAUCUAAUUUCCUCUCGUGGUCAGAUAAACGUUCGUUUUCCCAUCCUUUUUUCAACCUGAGCUUGAAAACAGGAAGAGACCGGUUAGGAUAACGAAAGUGGAUUAAUAUACCGUAUUAUUUGAAAGUCUUCGGGGGGUAGAGCAAGAGGCCUUACUUUAUCAACCCACGUAGACCCACGGGCUAAUUAAAUUUGUUUUUGCGCCAAGCGUAUCGUACCGCAAUCGGCGCUAUCGGUUAGCUUAUAAGGCGCGGCGUGGACGUGUCGACCGUCACCCGCAAGCUAAACCAGCGAAGAUGCAAAUCCACCUUUAUUUCUUGUUCGUCUUCAUUUUGCUGUUCGUAACUGGCCAGAGUAAGUAGAGAGAACAAUAUUUUUUGAAGAUCUCCCGAGUGCAAUUUCUCAUUGACAGGUCAGGCGAGAAAAUGCGACUGUAUGAGUUUUUUACCGAGCAAUUUGGAAAAGUGGACCUCUUGCAUGAUUGACUGUGGCGAUUACUAGACAUGCUUGUUAAAUAUGUGUAAUAAAAAUAAUUAGAGAAUGUACUGUAAACGUGUUCUAUGGUUGUGCAGCCCCCUUUGGUGGGUACUGGACCCCUCGUUCGAAGUUGAUGAUUGCGGUUCAAUGCUAAAUCGAGCCCAUUUUUCAAAAUUAUCACUUCUCAACGCAAACUGGUAAUGGAUAUUGUACUUGUGCAUGCUUUUUUGUUCGAGAGCACCAAUGUGGGCUACUUACAAAACAACUCUCAAGCCAUCCCUUGAUCCAUCGUACACUUUCCUUCCUGACUGACUAAGAAAGGUCAGAUUCUCUGAUAACGUCCGCCACUAGUAGUACUCGAACCUUCUGUCUCACCAACGCCCUUCUCGCUUAAGCGCCAACUCAUUUUCAAACCAAUCAUGCACUUCGCCUAGUAUGUCCAGCCUGGUAACCCAUCGAGCAUCAAAGAGCAAACCACCCUGUAUACAUGUAUAGGCGCAAGAACCACUUCCACUGGCUGCGGUUCUUUUGCAUGAAGACAUCUUCGUGACGGCUGCAUUCGG